AAAAUGACACAAUUCUUUCAUCCUUUAAUGUUUUUCAUCUUAUAUUGGUAGUAAAUUGUUUACAUUAACUCGGUGUCAUUUGUGUCAGGCUUUUUCAUGCUGCAGAAUCUUUUAUUCAGCUGUGGAAGGUAGACAGCAAUGGCUUCACCAUCAGAGAUGACAGAGAUGUUUGAUGGCGCUCUGCUUGGAAUUCUGCAGCAUGUGGGAAACAUCCAGGACUUUCUCCAGAUCUAUUUUGGAUUUCUAUAUCGUAAAACUGACUUUUAUCAGCUGAUGUCCGGUCCUGGUGACAAACUGGGCUUCCCCCCUGGAAUGGCUGAGAUGAUUGUGCACAAGACAUUUAAACUGUUUGAGAAGGUGGCAGAACAUGACAGAGAGAGACAGCUGAGCCAGAAACAAAAGACAGCAGAGAGCAGAUGUGUUCUGGCUGCAGCUCAGGAGCUGGAGGUCACCACGGAGCUGCACAAGGACCGAGAACAGCCCAGAAGUGAGGAGGCCAAGAUGGAGGAGGCCUGUUCUGUAGAUGCUGGGGACGUCUUAGCACCUGCAGCCUCAGCACUAACGUCCAACCCUAAACCAGGCAUUGACUGCAGCAGCAGCAGCAGCAGGACUGCCAGAGUUCCUCGACCCUCUGGUCAGGGCAACCAGGCAGCAGACAUCAGCACCAACUCAGAGGAGACUCAGGAGAAGUUUCAGUCCGACGCCGACAGCUUCAACGGAGCAGUGAGAGAAAACUACAGCUGGUCUCAGGACUACACUGAUGUGGAGGUCCAUGUGUUUGUGCCAAAGGCAGUUGUCAAAGGCCAACAGGUCCAAGUUAGUUUACAGAGCAGCAGUGUGAAAGUGUGUGUGAGUGACGGAACUGAGGUGAGAACUCUGAUGGAGGGAGAGCUGACACACAAGAUAAACACAGAAAACUCAGUGUGGAGCCUGGAGCCUGGUCGCUGUGUAAAUCUGUCCCUUAACAAGACCUCGGAUGUUUGGUGGAGUGCGGUGCUGCGUGGGGAGAAAGAGAUUGACGUCAACCAGAUCAACCGCGAGCGCUCCAUGGAGACGGUUACCAACGAAGAGCACGCUGUUUUGGACAAGCUCAUGCUUGAAAACCAUCAGAAGAUGCAGAGAAAAGUAUCCAGUUAUUAAAGG